CCCGCCGGGGGAUCGUCGACGACCCGAGGUUGGCGGCGGCAGUGAAAGCGCGGGUGGAUCGUGUCGAAGCCUCGUUCCAGGCGGUCAUCGACGACGUGGAGCGGCACACUCGGGAGAAUUACGCGGCCAUUCAAAUGCCGCACAACCGCGACAUCUUCUUGACGUUCAUCGUCAAGGAUAUGGACAGGUACACGCGCGACGUACAGAUGUUCGCGGACGAGAUGCAGCGGCGCUUCGUUCUCCCUCCGCCAUCGGCCGCCCUCCCGCCCGCCCCCCUCCCGGCUUUCCACAACCUGGCGGCAUAUCUCCGGUCGGGAGGGCUGAUUAAUUCUGCUGUGCAAGGCAGGGCCGGCCGUUCAUCGGCCGCCGCCGCGGGUGCCGGGGGGAAGGGCGGCACGGCCAGGGAACCGGGGCCGUGCUACCAGUUCCAGAAAGACGGUACAUGUCGGUGGGGGAAAGCCUGCAAGUUCGUGCAUGUGGCGCCACGGAAGGCCAGCGGAAAGGGAGGAAAACGGGGGGGCGUUCCUGGCGGCGGGGCCGCGGAUGGUGGCUCCAGAGGUAGCUCUUCCGCCGGCGCGGACACCAACGCUCCUGCCGCCACCGCCCCAGCGAAGCGGGCCAAGGUGGGAGCAGCCGGGGCCAAGACUCGCAGCAGUGCGAAGGGCGGUGCCGCCGACGGCGCCAAGGACGAUGAUGAGGAAUAGGGGCGCGGGCCCUGCCCCCCGGGGGGGGGAGGGCCGUCUUUCGAUGUCGCGGGGGGCGUGGUCUCGGGCUCGAGCACGCACCUCCUACGACCAGGGGCGGCUACUGCGUUGACCCGAGGUGGGGUUGGUACUUUAGAUGGCACUGAUGUUAGGCGUAUUGUUUCCAUGGUACAUGCUAUGUCUCAGACCGUCGACCAAGGUACACCGCAUGCAAUAGUACUUGCUCAGAUCGCGGUGAAGUGUUUUCGGUUUUUGUCUCAGCAUGGGGGAAGCUUUGAAUGCAUGAAAGCCAUCGAAAACGGCAUCGGUGUGCCGCGGGUACGGCCUGAAUUUAUUCGGUUUUGGUUUGGACGCUUGAAGAGUUUUCCUCACACAGAGACGGUCGCUAAGAUUGUGGAACGUGGCGCCGUAGUGCCCGUGUGUGGAUCUGCCGAAAUCGCAGCAGUGCUAUCGUAUGGUAACCAUCGUAGUGUCGUUCCGUAUUCUGACACUAUUUUACGGAAAGUGUUUGAUGAUGUGCGGUUUGGGCGGGCGUUCGUGUUUCCAAAGACAGCGGCAGAAUCGAUACCGGGGUUGCGGCUUUCUCC